UCUUCAUCUUCUUCAUUACACAACAUGGAGUAUUUUGUUAAAAAAAAACAUUGAACAAAAUAGUGACGCUCGUUAAAAUGUGAUACCCCCACAAACAGGCAACAGCACGUGGAAAAAGCAAAUGGAGGAAUUCUGGAAAGUCAUUACUCUCUCCUCGCCUUUCCCCCCUCCCCCAGCAAACGCCGUCGGCUUCCGUACUACAACCCUCCAGGAAUUUCUACCUCUCUCGACGGAGUACGGCGGCGGGGCCAGUAAUUGUCAUCCGGCGACUGACCUGUUCGUGACCAGUAACGCCCCGGCGUUUGUUUCGUCAGAUGCCGUCAACUGUGCUGCAAUUCCUCUUCCCAGUCGUCGGCUUCAUCCCGUCUCAAGAAAACGAGGAGGAGCUGGAAGCGACGCCGACCGCCGCUACGAACAACGGCUGAUUAAGAAUAGAGAGUCUGCCGAACGUUCUCGUGCCAAAAAACAGGUCAAACUCCUUCUUUUUUUAGCUUCUUGAGAUUGAGUAAGAAAUCCCUCUUCUUCUUUUUUUUUAAUUUUAUGUGCAUCCGUAAUAGAUUUACAAUAUUGCAUUGGAUGUAGAUCCCCGAUUCUGCUAGCUAAUAAAGAAUAAUGGAAGUGGUAUGCAACUUUUUCCCCAAAAAAAGUAUACUGAUUUGCUCGCUACCAUUUAUGAGGUAAACUCAUACAGGAGUAUAAGUGGGAAUGGUUAUUUUUUGAAAGGGAUUGAACAUCAAUUAUAUUUUGUCAGAUAGCUGGUUGAACACACACAUAUAUAUAUGUACAUAUAGAGAAAAAGUUCAGGUCCAGAAAUGCGUAUAUUUUGUGGACAUAUUCUAGUUUGUCAACAAAAAAAUUCAAACUAAACAAAAACUGUGUUUUUAUAGUUAUUAAUUUUUUUGUGGAUAAACUAGACUUGGAAAACAUUGAUUUUGGUGAAGAAGGUCAGAUUAGUCUAUAUAGUUGAGUUGGGUGGUUGGUAAGGGGAUUCAAUUCAAGCUAGCUUUAAUGUGACGCGAAAAUAAAUAAAUAAAUAAAUGCGCACGGACGGACAGGCUUACCGAGAGGAGCUGGAGAUAAAGGUGGAACAUCUGAAGAAAGAGAACGCGGAGCUCAAAAGACAGAAGCAGCUGAAUGUUGUUAGGGUUCCCCCGGUUGUGCCGCCCCAAAAGAAGAAGCUCUCCAGAAGUUUGACACUUUGACAGCACCGGCCAUAUUUGGGACCUGCUCAUCCAUCCAUCCAUCUAUCAUUUUGUUUUUUUUGACAAGCCAUAAUUUUUUUGUUGGAAGAAAACUCAACUCAAACGAUAAUUAUUGUGAGGUCAAAUCAACCCAUUAGGUAGGUAGCUUAGCUAGGAGAAGUGUACUAACUGAGUUGGGCUUUUGCGCGCACCCAAUGAAUGUAUAUUCAUCUUUCACUUUCUCUGUAGCAGCACAUCCAUCAUCUUUUUUGCUCCCAAAUCAAUGCACUUCUUCAAUGUGGUUAUGAAUACGUACAGUGUGUAUAGUACAUGCAAGCUGUUUGGUGCGGUGCGUGGGCCCAGUGGCGUAUCCAGGAAUUGUUGUGAACGGGGGC